AUGCCCGCCUUCUCCCUCGACGAAUUCACCUCCCUCGUCUCCAGCACGCUCGCGCUCGACGGACCCUGUGUGGGCUUCCUCCCUGGCCCUGGACCUGCAGGUGCUUCUGCAGGUUUGACAAGGUCUGUGGGUGCGGGUGGUGAUAUACCGUUGUACGUCGGCGUAGGAGAGGCGGACUUUGAGCAAAUGGGGGUGGGCAACGUUCGAGUUCGAGUUCGAGGAGGAAGUGGGGAUUACGCAAACGCCGCUGGAAGGGUUCAUGCCAAGUCGGUCUCCCACCACGAACGCCAAACCCUGCCCCAACCUUUCGCUCGACCUCGUAUUCCCAACCCAAACACCGAGCUGCCCAGGACUUCUUCGCCUUCGACUUCGACUUCUUCGAAAAACCUCCAUCCCAAUCCCAAUCUCACCGCCAACGUCACCGUCAACGUCAACGUCACCGCCCGCCAAUCUCCAACUCCCACCUGCACUCCUUCCUGGACCUAUCCUCAAAUUCUCGUCCUCCCUCCCCUGCUUCAGCUGAAGCAACUUCCUCUUCUAAUCCCGCCGGAGAACUACCGGCAGCAGCAGCUACUACCUACCCCGACCCACUCAUAA